GAGCUUCAAAAUGGCGUCUGACGAAGACCCUGUUUAUUGUUUAUGUCGCUUACCGUAUGAUGAGACUCGGUUUAUGAUUGAGUGCGAUGUUUGCAAAGACUGGUUUCACGGAGGAUGUGUUGAUGUUCAAGAGCAUCAAGCUGCAGAUAUAGAGAUCUACCAUUGCCCUAACUGUGCCCCAAAACAUGGUCCACUUGUUUUAAAGCACAAAAGAAAUUGGCAUCGUCAUGAUUAUUCUGAAGAUGGCUCAAAAAUCAAGAAUGUUGUACAGACAGGAACAGUUUUGUUUAUAAAAGAACUCAAAAACAGGACAUUUCCAAAUGCUGAAGAAAUACCCAUUGAGCAUCUUCAUGGUAGUCAAGUUACUGCUAAAUAUUUUGAAGAGAAUGGAUUUGAUGUUCCCAUUCUAUGUGAGAAAAAAGAUGGCUUGAAUUUAAUUUUACCCCCACCUUCAAUUACCAUUCAAGAGAUUGAGAAUCUAGUGGGUUCAAUGAGAGAAAUAGAUGUGAUUGAUGUCGCACGUCAAGAUGACAUCAAAAUGCCGAUGAGAGAAUGGACAGAAUAUUACAACAGUCCCAAUCGUGAUAAGAUUCUCAACGUUAUUAGCCUGGAGUUUUCAAGCACUAAGUUAUCAGAAAAAGUUGAACCCCCCAAAAUUAUCAAAGAUGUAAGCUGGGCCAGAAAUGUCUGGCCGGAACAGUUGCCAGAGGAUAGCACACUUGUCAGGCCAGAGGUGCAAAAAUAUUGCCUGAUGGGAGUGAAGGACAGCUUUACAGAUUUUCAUAUAGACUUUGGUGGCACAUCUGUGUGGUACCACGUUUUGAGGGGUGAGAAAAUAUUUUACCUGAUAAAGCCAACCCAAGCCAACCUGAUGUUAUAUGAAAGAUGGUUGUCAUCCUCUAAGCAAAAUGAGAUGUUUUUUGGUGACCAGGUGGACAAGUGUUACUGUAUGACUGUUAAACAAGGGCACACAUUAUUUAUACCCACUGGCUGGAUCCAUGCUGUGUUCACACCAAUUGACUCUCUAGUGUUUGGAGGAAAUUUUUUACAUAAUUAUAACAUCCCCCUACAACUACAAUGUUACGAAAUUGAAAGAACAGUAAAAACUCCAGAAAAGUAUCUUUUUCCUUCUUAUGAGACGAUGAAUUGGUACGCUGCAAAAAGUUUGCUAGAGAUCCUCAAUGAAUACACAGAGGAAGGUAGAAGUCCACCAAACUACUUGAUCGCUGGAGCGCGAGCCUUGUCUGUGAGUCUUAAAAGCUGGACACAGAGAAAAGAUCUCAGCAGCAAAUAUGUUUAUGCUAAGGUGGGAAAACAAGAUGCUGCUGAAUACAUUCCAUAUGGAAAAGUUCUGAAAGAAAUACAGAAAGAAAUAAAGAAAAUUGAUAACAUGAAAAGUCCCAAAAAGAAGGACCCAAAUGGCAGCAAGUCUAAAAUUAGUCCCAAAAAAUCUGAACCGGCUAUAAAGAAAAAAUUAGAAAAGCCAAGUAAGGGAUCUAAAAAGGCACCUAAGAUUCUGGAUGUGUUAGACCAGCACACUAAGGAAUCUCUGAAGAUGACCAAUAACCAUUCAAAGGAUGGCACUGUCAAAACUGCUGAGGAAAGGGAACUGAGAGAGAAAAUUUAUAAUUUUGAUGACGAUGAUGAAGAGACCAAUGUUAGCUUGAAAGUUCGCAUACCAAAAGCAGGAGCAUACAUAGAUGACAGCAACAGUGAGAAGCAUAAAAAAAGUAAGGAUAUAGAUAAGAAGCUAAUAAAAAGCGAAGAUGAAAUCAAAUCUGAAGACAAACACAUACCCAGUAAGUCGAAACCUGUCAACCAAAAAGCCAAGGUGAAGAAGAAAGAGGAGGGUAUAAAGUUAGAAAACAAUGAAGACACCAAACCACAAGUGCCAGCUACACCUUCUAAAGAAGUUCCUCAAUGCCUUAAGUUUAAGCUUUCUAACGGCAAGAUGGUCAGCACAGACAAGAAAAAGAAGAAAAGUAAAAAGCUAAAUGUCAAAGAAUUUGUAAUGUUGGGUCCUGAAACAGAAAAACCUGCAGUACAGAGCAGUAAAGAAACUACUAAGGAUAAGAAAAACUCUAAUACAACACCUGUCAAAAAAGACAUUGAGAAAUCUAAAAAGAAAAAAGUGAAAGAAGGGAAAAAUUCAUCAUCCAAGCACUCAGAGAAAGAGUCGUCGUCCAAGGGAGACAAGAUAGGUGUGAAAGGGAAGGUAAAAAGUGAACAAAAGAAAGAAACCAAGAAAAAGUCUAAGACUCCAGCCAUUGUGACUCAAAAAAUGGAACAGGACAGUGACAGUGACCACCUGGUUGUGGAUGAAAAUCCUGUUAAAACUCAGAAAUCCACCUCAGCAACUAAACCAGCCUCACUCAAACGUAAGCUACCACCUGGGGCGUCAAAAUCAAAACCAACAGAUUCUGACGAAGAAGAAAAAACAGAUGCAACCAAGCAGGAAGUUGAUACAAUAAGAGGAGGUCUCAAUGGCAGUAUAAGCGACAUUCUGACUGCCAGUGGCUACAGUGGGAUGAGAGAUGCAAUUGCUGGAAUGCUGACCAUGAGUCGCAUGGGUGACUCUGGUAUACAGAGCAGCAAGGAAAAGGCAGCUACAACAGUUCAAGAAGAGGAAGAAAAGUUAAUGGCUGAUUGCUAUCGUGAUGAUGAAUUUGUGUAUCCUUCGUUUGAGUUGUCAGAUGAAGAGGAGGAUUCCAUGUAUUCAUCGAGGAAAAAAUCAGAGAAAGAUGACAAUUGGAACCCUAAAGCCAGAGUCAACUCAGUUUUAGCCAAGCCAGACAGGGAGCACAGAGUGGGUGUUCAGAAAGAAUCAGUGGCUACAAGUCUAGCUAACACAGCAGCCAAGCUUGCAGAGAAUCCUCCUUCUGAGAAAAAACACUGGAAGAAAUUACCCAAACAAAAAGUGCCUGAGAAAAAAGAAUUUGAAGUAGAACCAUUGCCAGGGCCUUCCACUGCAGUUGAUGAGCCAGUAAAUGCUUUUAGGCCAGGAAUUAAAAGACCAAUUGAUCCAUGUGCCAAUGCUGCAACGCAACCACCAAAAUUAAAAAAAGUGAAGAAAGGUUUGGCCACUGCAAAACAGAGACUGGGAAAAUUGCUGAAAAUCAAGAAGAUGGUGUAUUAAUUCCGUUUUUAAGUAGCUGACCACUUUAUUAUCAGUGCAAUACAUCAUGUAAGACCACAGUUACUUCUAGGGCAAUUCAACCACUUGUUGAAACAAAGACAUUGAAAGCUGGACUGUUGGAAAUGUGAGUUGAAAAUGUGACAAUUGAAACAAAGACAUUGAAUAUGUGACAAUUAAAACAAAAAAGCUUGAAAAUGUGGCUAUUGAAACAAAGACAUUGAAAGCUUGACUGUUGAAAAUGUGAUUGUUGAAAAAAUUGAUUGAAAAUGCGUCAGUUAAAACAAAAAAGCUUGAAAAUGUGGCUAUUGGAAACUAAGAUUUUGAAAUCUGGACUGUUGAAAAUGUGACUGUAGAAAUAAAUCUGUGUAUGGGAAGAAAGUUGACAUGAACUGUAAAUAUGUACACUACAGAUAUUUUAUCAGCAAUUGCAAAUUUUAUUUUUAUCAUGCACUGUUAUGAUAUAUGCUCCUUCCCUCAGAAACAUAGAUGUCACGUAGUGCUCAAACCUAGACCUCAUACAUUUACCAGCUAAACUGUUUAAUCUGAAGGUUGGGCCCCUUGCAGGAUAAGACAUUGUGCACAUCUGUAACACAAAACUCCCCUACCCCCCACAUAUCAUUUCUACAUAGCACCCAUUUUUACUGUAUAACAUUUUUAUAACCUCCCCCUUAUUAUAAUAACAAACCUAGACACAGUGAUUUUCAUUAUGAAUUAUUUUUGAGAACCUAGACUUACUGUAUUAAAAGUACAAUGAAAAUCUGAACCACACCAAACCCCUUUGCAUUAUAUAUAAUAUGCACAAUCUCUUAUCAUCAAAUCAUGACGCAACCUUUAUAGGUGCAGAACUGUCAAAAUGGCUUAUCUAGGUCUAGUGUGUGGGGGGGGGGGGAUAUGUAGCAUCACCCUGACAACAUACACCAUAUCCACCCCACCAACUCCUAUCAUAGGCCUACCAUUGGAUUGUGUGUCAGCCUGACUAGAUUGCACAUCAAAUCAGUUUUUAGUUUUAAAGUGGUGCUAAGGAUUAACUUUUUUGGACAUAAUCAAAUUUUAGAAACAUAAGAAUGGGAUAGAAGCCUUCUCCCACCUGGCACCAUUGUAUAUUAUGUAAGAUAAAUCCUUGUGUUGGCCUUUACCUCAUGAAGAUUAGUUAAUCUGCUCGAGAUGAUCAUACCCUGCUUGUAUUGUACAUAAAAUGUAAAUUACUGUAACAGAAAUGUAAAUUUUACUAAUUUAUUCACAGAUUUUUAAUUCACUGCCUAAUUUAUGGUUUACUGUAACAGGAUGAUGACAGAUGUAUUAAAUGAGUAUGAAGUUUUAACUGAUCUCUGUUAAAGGGGCGUUACUGGCUUAGGUAAUGCUCCUAUUUGUGAACCACAUUAGUGUGUAGAAUUGUACAUUUCUUAAACCCAUUUUACCACCUGCUGUUAAAUCCUUGUUUUGAAUAGGGGGGGGGGGGUUAGGCAAGUGAUACUCCUAAUGUGAACCACGGCAGUCUGUAGAAUUGUACAUUUCUCAAACCCAAUUUACCACCUGCUCUGUUAAAUCCUGGUUGG